GCGUAAAUGUACAGUUGUACGCGCCGCGUUGCAUCGAAGAAGCCGGCGGCAGCAGCAGCCAGCGUCGGUCAUCGUUAGUCGCUGUUGGAACAUCGUGACCGGCGCAACAAGUGGUACACAUAUACGAAUAGUAUAUAUAGGAAAAAUACAUUUUGUCGUCGUCGUCGUCAUGUGGAAGGGCGCAGCUGUAUUUUUGCUGGCGACAAUCGCCAUUGGCUGGCAUCUCAGAUACCAAGCACCGGUCGAAGUUCCGAAGCUACCGUUGGAUCAGUACUGGGGCCCUGGCGCGCCGGUGCCCGAUCCCAAAGAUGUCAAACCGUUUAAAAUCAAUGUUUCCAAGCAGAUAAUAGAUGACUUGCAUCAACGUCUCGAUAAAACGAAGACGUUCGUUGAACCGCUGGAAGGCGUAGCUUGGACUUACGGUGUACCAUCGACCUAUUUGAAAUCGGUUUUGACUCACUGGAGAAAGAAGUACGACUGGAACAAGAGACAAGAAUUGCUGAACAAGUAUCCUCAGUUCAAAACGAAAAUACAAGGUCUGGACAUUCACUUUUACCACAUAAAACCUCAGCAGCCGAAGGAUCGCAAGGUACGCGUGCUGCCCUUACUUCUGCUUCACGGAUGGCCCGGAUCGGUGGUCGAGUUCCAAAAGGUCAUACCGAAAUUGAUAACGCCGCAACAGGGUCACGACUUCGUUUUCGAACUGGUGAUCCCGUCCCUGCCGGGUUAUGGAUUUUCGCAGGCUGCUUCCAAGCCCGGUCUCGGCACUGCUCAAAUGGCUGUGAUUUUCAAAAAUUUAAUGACUCGACUGGGCUACCAAAAGUUCUACACUCAGGGCGGUGACUGGGGAAGCUUGAUCACGAAAUGCUUAGCUAUUCUCUUCCCCGAACAUGUCAUCGGAGCUCACUUCAACAUGUGCGUAGUCGAGAGCGCCAAAGCCCACCUCAUGUCCCUUUUGGGAUCGUUCAUUCCUUCUCUAGUCAUUGACAGCGAGCAUCACUCGAAAAUGUAUCCAUUGACUCAUCACCUGAGUCGUUUGAUCGAAGAAAUGGGUUACAUGCAUAUUCAAGCAACUAAGCCCGAUACAGUCGGUACUGCAUUAUCCGAUUCUCCAGCCGGUUUGGCAGCAUAUAUACUGGAAAAAUUCAGCACCUGGACCGAUCCUGAAUAUAGAUUCCGCGACGACGGCGGCCUCCUCGAGAAGUUCACUCUCGACGAGCUCCUGGACAAUUUGAUGGUCUACUGGGUCACCGAGUCCAUCGUCACGAGCCAACGAUUGUACGCCGAGAAUUUUGCCAAACCCAAUCGAGAUCUCGCCGUAGACAAAUUCCCCGUCAAAGUCCCGUCGGCCUGCGCUAUGUUCCCGCACGAGUUGAUGUAUCGACCGGAAUCCAUUAUGCGCGAUCAGUACGUGAAUCUGAUACAGUUCACCCACCCAGCGAGAGGUGGCCAUUUCGCGGCCUUCGAGGAGCCCGAACUCUUCGCCGACGACGUCUGGAGCUUUGUACGUAAGAACGAGCAGCUCCUGGUCAACGAGAAACUGCAAAAGGCUCAGAAGAAAACAGCAACAAAUGCGUGAUAUGUGAACACAUGAAUGAUUUUUUUUAUACGGUGCAAUAUUCAUAAACCAUACGAUUUUGUAAGAGAAACGUCGAUUCGCGAUAUGCUUCAAAUGUUUUUUAUGCUUUUUUCUUUCCAAUGCGAUGACUUCAAAUGCACGCACGGUUUCAUAUAUGAAUGGUUCAUAAAUUUUAAAAAUGUGAUGAAAAACUAAUAUUUAUUAAGAUGUGAUAGGAAUAAAAAAUAUUAAUUAAUGU